GAAGAAUGUAACAUGUAACCUUGUUUUUGUUCAUAAUAAUGACUCUUAUAGACUAUACAGAAGGAAAUAAUAAUGCUGGCGAUAAAACAUCGGCAAAUAGUACAGAUCAAAAUAAAUCACCUAUAGAAAAUGAAGGUAGUCAGUGGGGCUACGAUUUAUACCCAGAGCGAAGACAAUCAUCAAAAAAUGCGUCAAUUACGGAUUAUUUGAAAGGCAAAGGCAAGGAAAAUAUAGAAAAAAUAAAGUGCGAAAGAAACGUAUACAAAUGCAUCAAAGAAAGUCCUCUCGUGAAGCUUAUGAUGGGAGCGUUGAAAGCCUCAGGCUGUGCCGUCGAUAUCCGUAGACACAUUUCAUGCGAAGAAUGUGCUCCUCAUGUAAGUGGAGGGUACGAUCCUAUUCUCAACCAAGUAAUAAUCUGCCAAAACGUGGCGAGAAAAGAGGGUAUCAUACAAGGGGUAUUAACACACGAAAUGAUCCACAUGUUCGAUUACUGUCGAAACGAUCUAGACUUCAAAAACAUCGACCAUUUGGCAUGUACCGAGAUCCGUGCUGCGAACUUAGCUCACUGUAGUUUUCUAUCGGCUUGGAUGAACGGAGAUGCAUCGCCGCUGAACAUAAAGGAAGCUCAUAAGGAUUGCGUUAAGAGUAAAGCCUUAAGUUCUGUGGUGGCAGCUAGGAAUAUCUCAAAGUUGGAAGCGAUAGACGCGAUAGAGAGGGUGUUUCCCAAAUGUUACCCAGACUUGGAACCCAUUGGUAGACGAUUAAGGAGGAAUUCCAAUGAUAUGUAUAAGGCUUACGAGGAAGGGUUUUAUUAUGGUUACGAAAACACAUAAAAUUUGUAGAAAGCAGGGUUUAAAAAUAGGAACCAGUUGUAGAUAAUAAUCUUUGUACCUAUACAUCUUGUUAUAUGAUUAAAGUAUACAUAUUGAAA